AUGCAAACGGCUGUAGCAUCAUGCUCAACACACGAUGGUGACAUUGUCAAUGCGAGAAUCUUGUUCGACACUGGUGCAAAUCGAACGUAUGUCACUUCACACUUAGCAACACGUCUCAACCUGCCUACAGUCGGUACGGUACCUACACCGGCCACGUCGGAGGGUCAAUCAUGUCUUGCAGUCCACAGUCACAACGAUGGAGAUCCCUCUAUGGACUUGCAGCGGUUUUGGGCAGCGGAAGAGUUCCCUGUCCCAGACAACGCAGACCACGAAGACAUCGUUCUUCAGCGAUUCCUCCACACACUCUCUUUCGAGGACUCUCGCUAUGUUGUCGAGUGGCCAUGGCGGGACCUGCACGACGAACUUCCAUCCAACUACGGAUUAGCACUGGGCCGACUGACCUCCCUUUUGAAACGUGUCACGUCAAAGCGUACUCUUCUUCAACAGUACAACAGUGUGUUGCAAGAUCAGUUGACCAAAGGCAUUAUUGAGAUAGUACCGCCUGGGCCCACUUCGAAUUCUGUGCAUUAUCUUCCCCACCACUGCGUAGAGAAGCCUUCACACACGACUACAAAGCUCCGAAUAGUCUACGAUGCUUCCGCCAAGCUCUCACGCUCCCACCCCAGCCUGAACGACUGCCUAGCUGCUGGCCCGAACCUCGUCCCUGAUCUCGCUGGAGUCCUUCUGCGUUUCCGCCUUUCGCCUAUUGCCAUUUCCAGUGACAUAGAAAAAGCUUUCCUUCAACUCAGCCUAUGCAAAGCGGACAGAGACGUCACUCGUUUUCUGUGGGUCAAGGACCUUGAUCAACCACCCUCACCAGAGAAUCUUGUAGUCUACCGCUUCUGUCGUGUGCCAUUCGGGGUGAUCAGUAGCCCCUUCCUUCUAGCAGCUACUGUUCGCCAUCAUCUCUCUAUUGCCGACGUCCCAGACGCGCAAGAACUUCUUCGGAAUAUCUAUGUAGACAACUUGUUUAUCGGCGCAACCUCUCCUGAUGAGGCCCUUCAUAAGUACACUGCAACGAAGAAGUUAUUCUCAGCCGCAUCGAUGAAUGCCCGAGAAUGGUCCAGCAACAGUCCAGAGUUCCUUCACCACGUUCCCGAACUCGAUUGCGCUUCAACCGGUACACAAAAGUGCCUUGGUAUGCUUUGGGAUACCUGUCAAGAUAGUCUCUUCUGUACAAAGGUCGCUGCCACCCAUGCCGUCAUAGCAACCAAACGUCACCUACUGCAAACCGUGGCCAAGUUCUUCGAUCCCCUUGGAUUGCUUUCUCCUGUUCUGGUGCGUGCCAAGAUACUUCUCCAGGACGUGUGGAAGUUAGAUGUAGGCUGGGAUGACCCUCUUCCACUUGAAAUCUUGGAUCGAUGGCAGAGUAUUGCGAUUGAUUUAGAAGAAGCGCAUACUGUAGCCUUCCCUCGGUACGUCGGCAACGCAUCACCCAAUGUCUCGCAUGCGCUCCAUGUCUUCUGCGAUGCGUCUGAAGCAGCCUAUGGCGUAGCUGCCUAUCUUGUUACCGACAAUGCCCACGAGCGGGCAUCUCACCUCAUCUACAGCAAGUCUCGUGUUGCGCCAGUAAAGCCGUGCUCCAUCCCCCGCCUCGAGCUGAUGGCAGCUCUACUUGGUGCCCGAGUCAUCCUCUACUUACGCAAGGAGCUUCCUUUGGCCUUCUGCUCCACAGUGUUGUGGUCUGAUUCGACCACCGUUCUCCACUGGCUACAAUCAAAUGACAAGUUGCCAGUCUUUGUCCUCAACCGUGUAACCGCAAUACGAGCCGUCAACGAUCUCCAGUGCCGUCAUGUUCGCUCAGCUCACAACCCAGCGGAUCUACCGUCACGAGGAGCAUCAACCUCGUUCCUACUGGACAACAUCCUCUGGUGGCACGGACCGCCCCUCCUCACGCAGCCUCUAGCUGAUCUACCAUCAAAUGGCCCAAUCGUGCACGCCACCAUCGCCCUUGGGGAGGGUCCUCCGGAUUCACAGGUGCCAGAGUCUCAGCAACCACACAAUAAAAAACCCGAUGCACAUCACAAGCAAAAAAAAAGAUGUGAUGAAACACCCCCAUUUGAUAUUGAUGUAACACGGUUUAGUUCGUUCUACACCUUAGUACGUGUCUCUGGUUUGUGUGCCCGUUUUGUGUCCAGACUCAAGUCGAAGCUACCGGGAGGGGCCGUGGCUGGGCCUCUCCCUCUCAGCAGCAGGGAAACAGAACAAGCACAACUGCUUUGGAUACGCCAUUGGCAGCAGCGACACUACCCAGACGUUGUCGACUGCUUGGCAUCCAACAAGCCUCAUCAGCUGAUCGGCAAGCUAGGCCUGUUCAGUGAUGAAGACGGUAUCAUCCGGUGUCGUGGACGACUGGAGAAUGCAGACCUGUGCAAUGACGCCAAGUUCCCGAUCCUACUACCCAGAGCUGUAGCCAGCCUCGUCAUCACUGACUGCCACAAGAAAGUGUUUCACUUCGGUGUGAACCACACGCUCGCCAGCCUAAGACUGAAGUACUGGGUACCGAAGGGACGAGCGGCAGUCAAAUCCACUCUGCGACUUUGCCAGGUUUGCCGGCAUCACAGUGGUCCCCCAUUCGCCAAGCCAGAUAUGGCCCCCUUGCCAUCAUCGCGUGUGAAGCCAUCCAGAGCCUUCAGCCACACUGGAAUUGAUUUCUUUGGCCCAGUAUAUGUCCGUGGCCAGCCAGUUGCUACAAAGGUCUGGGUCUGUUUGUUUUCCUGCAUGUCCACCAGAGCAGUGCAUUUGGAAACAGUGAGCAACAUGACCACAAGUGAAUUUCUGCUAGCCUUCCGCAGAUUUGUUGCACGACGUGGAACCCCAGCACUCAUAGUGUCGGACAAUGCGCCCCAAUUCAAGGCAGCGGCCACAGCUUUAGAAGUCGCAUUCCGCGAUAUUCUACACCAUGAGGACGUCAGGUCCCACUUCGCCCGUCAUGAUAUCCAAUGGCAAUUCAUAGUGGAAUCAGCACCAUGGAUGGGUGGAUUCUACGAGAGGCUUGUGGGCACAGUGAAGAAAGCUAUGAAGAAGGCACUGGGCAGAUCCCUAGUCAGUCUUCAACACCUCAGCACGCUGCUCACUGAGAUAGAAGCAGUUGUGAAUUCCCGUCCACUUGUUUACAUCGACGAAGAUGUCCGUACUGUACUGACACCUGGUCACUUCCUCUCCAUCAGCCAGAGCACUGGCCUCUUUGAUCUCCCGGAGACAAGUGACGACCCUGACUUCUGCCCGACUCCAACCACUGCCGAAGAGUUACUCGCCGGUUGGAAGAAAGGUCAGAACCGCCUCCAUGAGUUUUGGCGCAUGUGGUGCAAUGACUACCUGCUGAGUCUACGCUCAACGCACACCACCCAUCACAGCCAAGGCCGUUCUGUCCUCCAUCGUACACCUGCAAUUGGAGAAGUUGUGUUGAUAAAGGACCAGCUUCCCCGAGCAUCUUGGAGAUUGGGCAAGGUGUGUGAAGUACAUGUCAGUGCAGACGACAAGAUCCGGUCGGCGUCUGUCACCACUGCUGAUCGACGCACACUGAAGCGUCCACUCAGCUUACUCUAUCCGCUGGAACUGAGCGUGACAGCGACACCACCAGCCGGUGUUACAGCAGAUGUCGCCUCUGAACCUGAUGCCGUCACAGACUCUACUACAUCUCGUCCACAGCGCGCUGCCGCAGCCAAGCAGAGAAUUGCGCUGAAGAGUCUCAUUGAAGAUGAUGCCGUCUAG